AAGUUUCAAAGCGACACACAUCAGCCCUUCAAACGGGAGAAAUUGAAAGUAACCAGAUAGAUAGACUUAGUAGUAAAUUAAUGAAUAUUACACAAACAUGUAUAUAUAUACAUAUAUCUAUAUAUGUAAUAAUAUCACUCUCUCUCUAAAUCACUCUCUCUCUCUCUUGCUUGCUAGCUAGCUAGCUAGCAGAAGGUAAGCAAACUAACAGAUCUAGAUCCAAACUCAAGAUCUUGAAUUAAGCUCCUUCAAUCUUCAUCUCAGGCUCAUCACUGCUAUAUAACUAUGUCAAGGAGGCCAGUAAAUACAUCCCGACGGCUCGGUGAUGGUGGGAGUAUUCCUUUGGUGGGCUCCUUGCACCCCAAAUCGCGGCCGUCACCUUUAGUGUCUCUUGGACUUGUGGUUUUGGGUGCAUUCCUAAUAAUUGGCUAUCUGUAUGGUUCAGGUGGUCACAACAGUGGUAUAGAAGCUGUCAACAAACUUGAAGGUGGUAUUACAUGCACAUCAGAAGUUCAGAGAGCAUUGCCUCUUUUGAAGAAAGCAUACGGUGACAGCAUGCGUAAAGUAUUGCAUGUAGGCCCUGAAACCUGUUCAGUGGUCUCCAAAUUAUUAAAAGAGGAGGAUACCGAAGCCUGGGGCGUGGAACCAUAUGAUUUGGAUGAUGUUGAUGGAAGCUGCAAGACUCUUGUGCACAAAGCCAUUGUACGUGUGGCUGAUAUCAAGUUUCCUCUUCCCUACCGUUCAAAAUCAUUUUCUCUUGUCAUAGUGUCGGAUGCACUUGAUUACUUAUCUCCAAGGUACCUUAACAAGACUCUUCCAGAGUUGGCAAGGGUGUCUACUGAUGGUUUUGUUGUAUUUUCUGGUUAUCCAGGUCAGCAUAGAGCUAAAGUCGCAGAGCUUUCCAAAUUUGGUCGUCCAGCCAAAUUGCGGAGCUCAUCAUGGUGGAUAAGGUAUUUUGUUCAGACCAGUUUAGAAGAGAAUGAAGUUGCCACUAAGAAGUUUGAGCAGGCUGCCACCAAGAGAUCAUACAAGCCGGCAUGCCAAGUUUUCCACCUUAAAUCAUACCACUGAAAGCUCAGAUUCGUACGUCCUCUCUUUGUGCUUCUUGGUGAAAACAAUGCCGACAAGCAUCCUCAGCGCCAUAGCAUUAAAUUAUAUUUGGUGAAAAUCGCCUUAAUUUUAUUUUGUGUUCGAAUCUCGAGACAGUAGUUGAAUUGAAAUUUUGUUUGGGGAACUUUAUGUGAAUUAGGCUUUUGCCAAGAUGUAUUUUAUAAGUUCAAGUUCUUGCUCCCCAAUGCUGCUUCUUGUUCAAGUUGCUACUGUAGUAUUGUUCAUCAUUUCUGGACUUCAGACCAGCUAUUUUGUUUUGAUAAUUACAAAAAAACAAAGAAAAGAAAAAAAAAGGAACCAAUUAUUCUUUUA